UUUUAGGUCUCCAAUUUCUGUACCUAAACUUAAACGACCAAAUUCCCAAUCCAAAACCCAUGUCUUGACUGACUUCUCUUUAAUGGACGCUCUGAAAUCCGCCUUCGUCUCCACAACCCCACUUCACACUCCAUCUCCCAAACCCAAACCCUCAUCUUUCUCGAAAAAGAAACCCAUUUUCUUGUGCUCCGUUUCACCGGACCCGUGGUCUCUUAGCGAUGGAAACUCUGAUAUCACCAAACCAAAACCCAAGUCGAAGAAUCCGAAGAAUCCCCUUUCUCACGACAAUGCCCGCCGCCUAAUCAAUUUGAGGUCCAAGUACCUCAGCGAGUUGAGACGUAAUCAAGGCUCUCACGCUCUGACGCCGAAAUGGAUAAAGAGAACCCCAGAGCAGAUGGUCCAGUACCUUGAAGAUGACCGCCACGGUCACCUAUACGGAAAACAUGUCGUGGCUGCCAUAAAGACGGUUAGAAGUCUUUCUGGGAAAGCAGAGGGUUCAUAUGAUAUGAGGUUAGUGAUGAGUUCUUUUGUCACGAAGCUUACCUCCAGAGAGAUGUGUGUCGUGUUGAAGGAACAAAAGGGUUGGAGACAAGUGAGGGAUUUCUUUGCUUGGAUGAAAUUGCAGUUGAGCUACGAACCAAGUGUUAUCAUCUACACUAUCGUUCUUCGUUCAUACGGUCAAGUUGGGAAAAUCAAGCUUGCUGAAGAAAUAUUCUUGGAAAUGCUUGAAUCUGGUUGUGAACCUGAUGAGGUCGCUUGUGGGACGAUGAUAUGUGGAUAUGCAAGAUGGGGACGUCAUAAAGCUAUGUUAUCCUUCUAUUCCGCCAUACAAGAGAGGGGAAUCAUACUCCCUGUUGCAGUUUACAACUUCAUGCUGUCAUCUUUACAGAAGAAGGCUCGUCAUGGGGAUGUUAUAGAGUUAUGGAAAAACAUGGUUAGCGAACGUAUCUUGCCCAAUCGUUUUACUUAUACAGUCAUCAUCUGCUCAUUUGUAAGAGAGGGUCUUUCAAAGGAUGCUUUUGAGAUCUUUAGGAAAAUGAAGAAUUCAGGUUUCAUCCCUGAGGAGGCAACUUACAGCCAGCUUAUCAGUCUAAUUGCCAAAGAUGGUAACUUAAAUGAGGCGCUUACACUUUAUGAAGAAAUGAAAUCAAUGGGAUUAUUACCAAGUAAUUACACAUGUGCUUCUCUUCUUACUUUAUACUACAGACACGAGGAAUAUUCUCGAGCCGCUUCCCUGUUUCUGGAAAUGGAAAAGAACAAGAUUUUAAUAGAUGAAGUUAUAUAUGGCUUGCUUAUUAGGAUAUAUGGCAAACUUGGGUUAUCUGAAGAUGCGGAGAGAACCUUUAAAGAUAUAGAGAAUUUGGGACUUCUUAGUGAUGAGAAGACAUUCUUGGCAAUGGCACAAGUCCAUAUUCAAUCAAAGAAGUUCGAAAAAGCUUUGGAUGUUUUUGAACAGAUGAAGUCCAGGAAUAUCUUCCCUUCGAGAUUCUCUUUGAUUGUCCAAUUGCAAUGUUACGUUUUGAUGGAGGAUUUGGAAUUAGCCGAGUCUACAUUUGAAUUGCUAUCGAAGACUGGACCUCCUGAUGCCUGUUCGUGUACUCAUAUGCUUAACAUGUAUCGGAGAUUGGGAUUAAAUGAAAAGGCAAUGGCUUUUGUUACGUUUAUGAGACAAUAUAAAGUGGUCUUUGACGAGGAGCUUUUGAAGGCAGUCUUGAAACUGUAUUGCCUGGAAGGUAUGGUAAGAGACGCUGAACAAUUGAUUGAAGAACUUGGUUCAAGCUCGUUAUUUCAAGAUAGCAAUUUUGUUCAGAUAUUGUUUCACACUAAACAUGGUAGAAUGUUUGAUCGGGAGGACAGUGUGAAGGAAUUGGAUCAACAUGGCGUUCUUGCUUAUGUUUUAAUGCUUAGGCUUUACUUGGCUGAUAGUGACAUCACAAAGGCAGAAAAUAGCGUUAAAUUGCUACUGAAGAAUGCUAAUGGCCUAUCCAUUGCCAGUCAGCUCAUUUGUAAAUUCAGCAAAGAAGGUGAAAAUCUGAAAGCAGAGCAUCUUUACAAGCUUCUGAUUAAGCUGGGUUGUGCUCCCGAGCAUACUGCCAGUUCUUCUAUGAUAAGUUUGUAUGGGAAGCUACAGAAACUGAAAGAAGCCCAGGAAAUCUUCGAAUUUGCAAUUGAUUCCUCUGAAAUGUCAAAACAUUUAUAUGUUUCAAUGGUAAAUGCAUAUGCUAAAAGUAAUGAACCAGAAACUGCAUACCUGGUCUACAAGGAGGCAUCUGAGAAAGGAUACAAUUUGGGUGCUGUCACCGUUAGCUUGCUUGUCAACACAUUGAUUAAUUCUGGAAAAUUUAGAGAUGCAGAGAGUAUAAUCCGGAAGAGCUUGGACGACAAUCUCGAGCUUGAUACAGUUGCAUACAAUACUUUUAUCAAAGCAAUGCUUAAAGCAGGUAAAUUACAUUAUGCGACAAGCAUUUAUGACCAUAUGGUUUCUUUGGGAGUUGUUCCAUCAAUUCAGACAUAUUGUACUAUGAUAAGUGUCUAUGGGCGGGGUCGCAAUCUCGAUAAGGCUGUUGAGAUGUUUGAUAUGGCUCGUUCUAAGGGUAUUCCCUUGGAUGAGAAGGCGUACGCCAAUAUUAUUUGCUAUUAUGGAAAGGCUGGCAGAGUUGACGAGGCAUCGUCCCUAUUUCACCGAAUGCUGGAAGAAGGUAUAAAACCUGGGAAGGUAAGUUACAAUAUCAUGAUGAAUAUUUAUGCCAUCAAAGGACGUCAUUGCCAAGCAGAGGAACUUUUUGAAGCCAUGCAGAACGACGGUUUCUCACCCAACUCCUCAAUCUACCUGUCACUCAUCCGAUCGUAUGCAGAGGCGCACAAACACUCUGAGGCAGAGGAAACCAUUCGUUCGAUGCAGAGAAGAGGGAUUCCCCCGACAUGUUCUCACUUUAACUUGUUGCUUUCUUCUUUUACAGUAGUUGGUAAAAUGAAAGAAGCCGAAAGGGUCUAUGAAGAACUCGUUGAAUUGGGUUUAAGGCCAGAUAUCGCUUGCUAUCGGAUUAUGGUGAGGGGUUAUAUGGAGUUUGGACUGAUUGAAGAAGGCAUAUCGUUCUUUGAAAAUAGAAUAAGCAUGAAUGUGGGGCUAGACAGAUUCAUUAUGAGUGCGGCUGUGCACUUGUACAGGUUAGCAGGAAUGGGAAUAAAAGCUGAAGGUAUAUUAGAUUCCAUGGGCGGUUCAGGGUUAGUUUUUCUGGAGAAUCUUGAAGUUGGGUCCAAAAGAAAGAGCUUAAUAGUUUCUUGAAAUUAGACCACACCUGAAUCUGUCUUGUUGGUGGCACUGAGGAUUGUGAAAUGGAUUGGUUGAAAGUAAAGCAACCAUCGGCCAACUGCAACUUAGAGUUGGAUUAGUGUAGUAGUAACAUUAAUUGUUGUCAUUUUAAUGUUCAAAACUAGAAAAGCUUAAAUAUGUCACUUGUUUCUAGAAAAUAGAUGGUUAUAUAAAUGGUAAAAAGAAGAAGAAUUGGAGUAGUGUAUAUAAAUGGGUUCUCUUCAGAUAGUGCCAUAUUUAUAAAUUUAGGGUUAGAUUGAUUCAA